AUGAAGCUCUUUCUCCGUCGAAAGUCGUCCAAGGUGAACGGGGAGGAAAAAGACAACAAAAACAACGCAAAAGUCAACAGCCUUGCGGUUAUCGAAGACAAUGAGGCUCAAGGUCGGAAUUCGAAUGAGGGUCCGACUCAAGAAACAGAUGGCGGAAUUGUGCCGGCUAGGAACAGAAGACCAAGCAUAGCAGAGACUGUGGAUAGCACAUCUACGACAGAUUCGAAAAAAAAGGAAGGAUAUCGUGCAAGAUUGGCCGCUCAAAGCCAACAACCACAGCUUCAACCAUGGAUGGCAGCCAUGACUCCAAUGUCACAUUCUGCAAUGUCGGCCCCCAAGCCGAAGCCGAAGCCGAGACUCAAGCCUGCGGGAUCUAUAGUUUCCGCAGGACAAAGCACGGAAAGCGUCCCCGCAAGUAUCGGUAGCAUUGUUCCCAUCAAUGUUACGAGCGUCGAGGCGCCAAACGCUCCCCCGUCUCCUUCAUAUCCACCACCCGAUGUACCAUCUUCUAUGAGUUCACCCCGCAGUCGCUCUCCCGUAGGCGGCUCUUCGAUGAGAGUUUCCCCAAUUGCAUUGGGUCCCUCAUCUGGAUUUUCUCCUGGCUCUGCUCGAAGUUCGUUAAUGGUCCCCCCUAGCCCAUCGGUUUACGUUACUCCCCCCGCUCUGCCCCCCAGGCCCCCUCCAGCUGGUCCCUUGCCUCAACUACCUGUAUCCAUGCCUGGCCCUUCAUACCAGCCGGUCAUGGUUGCCCCGUUGGGGCCGCUAGCCAAUCCAUUCCGUUCAGAGACCCCUGUAUCAUAUCGUGAACAUCCCGAACCUACUAGCCCAGUUCGCCCGCCGCCGCCGCCGCCGCCACCCCCAGCAGCCCCUCCUAAGCUUCAACGAAACCCAACUUACCAAGUCUUCCUGUCCCCCCUCCCCCCUCCCCCUCCCCCUCCCCCACCACCCUCUGGUGCCCAAGCAUCCACAGGAUUCUCCAACGUAUCUUCUUUCCCUCCCCAAUCGGAUAGGGAUCCCGUUGUCAGCCCUGCUGGCUCGGGUUCACAUUUCCGUAAUGAAAGCCUAAGCAACUUCCCAGAACCACCGUCAGCCACAGGGUCACAGCGCAGUGCCUCCUGGGAUAACUUUGUACCCGACCUGACGGGCUACUACGGUGGACCCGCCCCAUUUGUGGCCGAGUUGGAGACUAUACCGACUUUCCCUGAACCGCCAUCCGGAAACCCGAGCUUUGAACGUCAGGAGCUCGAUGUUACAAGCCCAUCCAAUGAUGAAGAGUUACAAGCUGCGGAAGAUAAGAGAGAAGCCAGCAAGGUCCUCCUUCCCGAGGGCAUGGCUUUGCACCCAGUUCUAGCCACUCCCUCCGACACGGGUACUAAUCGAAAUGACUCGGUAUUUUCUAACCCAAGCGACGCCCAGCCUAAAAUGACGGACGGAGUUUUCCUCUCAAACGCAGAGCAUACGGCACUUCUAUCAGAUUUAGCCGACCUUCGUGCUCGCCUAGCAGACCUUGAUAGACUACAUACCAACUCUCUAGACCGCAUCAGCGAAUGGGAGGCUUAUAAGGCCAAUAUCGACAUUUACGUAGAAAAGACAGCCCAAGAUCGCCAAGGGCUAAUUGACAAGCUCCAGAACUCGGCUCAAGCUCACUCCACCGUCAUCGCUGAAAAGGAAAGACAGUUCAACGAACUCGCGACUACGGCGAACAAUAUGAAGCAAACAAUACAUGAUUGGCAGACAUAUUCACAGAGACUUGAAGCGGAUAAAACAGAGGCUAUAUCGCGUAUGAAAGGAGAUAUUGAGAGGGAGAAAACAGAUAAUUUGGCAAAUAUCCAGGCGAUGGAGGUUGCACAUAACGAUGAGGUAAACAGGUAUAAAUCAGCAAAUGCGAUAGAAAUGGAACGCCUCCGGGCAGACCAUGCAGCAGAAAAGGAACGCCUUCGAGCAGAUAAUUCGUCGGAGAGGAACCGACUUACUCUUGCAAACGAUUCAGCUCGUACAGAGUAUGAGCAGCAGAAAUCAGAGCUUAUGGGCCAAUUAUCGGCACUUGAUGCCCAGAACAAGGAAUUGAUGCCCCAGAUGGUAGAUCUCGAUACAAAACGAAGAAAGCUUCAAGGGGAGCUUGUGGAGGCCAAUGCCGAUAGGGAAGAGUUUAGGCAACAGAUUCAGACACUGAAUGCUGCUAAGGCAUCAACCCUAAAGGAGUUAACGGCAACCAAGAUCAAACUAGCAAAUCUCACUUCGGAAUGCGAUAAAGUCAAACGAUUGCUAGAGGAGGCACAACCGAAGAUCGACCAACUGGCAGAAACAAGAAGUGCGAUGGAAAGAAUGAAAGAGACAGAGAUCAGCAUGGAAAAGUUCUUGCAGACAGCGAAUGACGAGAAAGAUGCAUUGAAAGAAAAGUUGAAGCAAUCCAUGGUGGCCAAAGCGCGCCUCGGGACGCAGUUGAGUAAGGUAGAAUCCCAAGUUAAGGAAAAGGAUACUAAGAUUGCAGCAUUGGAGAAGUCAAACGAGGCCCUGAAGACGAGGAUGUAUUUGCUUGGGCAAAGAAUGGCAGAGAAGGUAGAAUGGUGGCAAGGACAGGCUGGCUCGCAGGCCCAGACAGCAGCAUAA